UUGACAUUUCGCCUCAUACAAUUAGCUAAAAAUUCAAUAAAGGUCAAAACUAACCAAAAUUAUAAACUCAGUAAAUUUUAAACAAUCCCAAAUACAAAUAUAUUUAGCACAAAAAAAUAGUAAGCCAGGAUAUACUAAAUUUGAUACCACAAAAUGGCAAACAUGGCUGUUUCUCGUAUAAAGCGGGAAUUCAAAGAAGUAAUGAGAAGUGAAGAAAUUGUGCAGUGUUCUAUAAAAAUUGAGCUAAUCAAUGACAGCUGGACAGAAUUGCGAGGAGAAAUUGCUGGUCCACCAGACACGCCAUAUGAGGGUGGCAAAUUUGUUUUAGAGAUUAAAGUCCCGGAAACAUAUCCAUUUAAUCCACCCAAAGUCCGUUUUAUAACAAAAAUCUGGCAUCCCAAUAUAUCCUCGGUUACUGGCGCAAUUUGCUUGGAUAUUUUAAAAGACAAUUGGGCCGCUGCAAUGACCUUACGUACGGUUUUACUCUCACUUCAAGCAUUGUUGGCUGCUGCCGAGCCUGAUGAUCCACAAGACGCAGUAGUAGCAUAUCAAUAUAAAGACAAAUACCAGUUGUUUCUUAUGACGGCUAAGCAUUGGACAAAUAUAUAUGCUGGAGGUCCCCACAAAUUUACUGAGUGUGAUUCGAAAAUUCAACGCCUAAAAGAUAUGGGAAUUGAUGAGCAUGAUGCGCGGGCCGUUUUGUCGAAAGAAAACUGGGAUUUGGAAAAGGCAACAGAGAACUUGUUUAGUUAGCUUCCUUUUUAUUUAUAAAAACACAUAUUUUAUGGAAAUAAGAAUUUAUCAAAAAUAUUGUUUAGCGUGGUUUGAUAUUUAUUUAAAAAUAAUUAAUCGUAUUUUUGAAAACUUUCA